ACAAACUCGGACAGAGACAAUUUUAUGUGGUUUUUAUUUUUAAGGAUACGUUGUGUGGAUAUUAGUUUAAGUAAAAGAAAAUUAGCUACUGUUGAUGAAGAAGGAAUUUGUGUUAUUUAUGAUACAGAAAAGAAAGAAAUAAUUAAUCAAGAGCCAAAUAUGGCCAGUGUUGCUUUUAAUUCUGCAAAUGAGGAUUUGGUUUGUUAUUCUGGUCAAGGGGUUUUAAAUAUAAAAUCUCACUGGUUUACUCCAUAUCAACAAAGAUUAGAACCUUCCCAACAAGGUUUUGUUGUUGGGUUUAUGGGUAAAUGUGUUUAUAUUCUCCAUAUGUAUUCAAUGCAAAGUUUAGAAAUACCUUUAACUAGCCAAUUAUUACAAUUUUUGGAUAAUAAGAUGUUCAAAGAAGCAUAUGAAUUAGCAUCACUUGGAGUUACUGAACGUGAUUGGAAGAUGCUUGGAUCAGAGGCUCUAGAAAAUAUGGAAUUUGAUGUUGCCAGAAAAUCUUUUUUUAGAAUUCGUGGUUGUAGAUCUUUACUUUUAGUUAAUGAAUUAAUUGAAAUGAAAAAUCGAGGUUCCUCAAUAAAUGAAUUAAAAGCUCAUUUAUACGCCCAUAAUAAAAGAUUUCGAGAUUGUGUACAAUUAUUACAACAAAUGGGGGCAGAAAAUGUUGCUCUCGAAAUGUUUGCUGAUUUGAGAAUGUUUGAACAAGCACAAGUAGAUUGGAAUAAAAUUAAUUUAAAAAAUAUUUUUAAGGAAUUUCUGUCAAAUUCGAGUGCCGAAACACAAAAACUUCUUUUACGAAAAAAGGCAGAUUGGGCACAGACUUCAAAUGAUCAGAGAAUGUUAGCGUCAGUUCCAGAAUUAUUAAUGUCAUCGGGUGAUUAUGAUAGAGCAAUUCGUUUAAUGAUGGCAAAUAAUUGGGUUGAAAAAGUAGCAAAUGCUGCAAGAAAACUCGACAAAUCAGAUGCAAAUCUUCUUAGAGAAAUUGGCCAAUUUAUGGCAAAAAAUGGAGAAUAUAUUCAAGCAACUUCUAUUUUCCAAAGAAUUAACGAUUUACGUUCAAUUAUACAAAUGCAUGUAAAUGCUGAAAAUUGGGAUGAUGCAUUAGCAUUAAUUAAUAGAAAUUCUUCUCUAAGUAAUGAUGUUUAUUUGCCCUAUGCACGUUGGUUAGCUGAACGUGAUCGUUUUGAUGAAGCACAAAUUGCUUAUAACAAAGCUGGACAUGAAAAAGAAGCUUCUCUUGUAUUAGAACAAUUAACUAAAAAUGCUGUUAAAGAAAAUCGUUUUAAAGCUGCUUCGUUUUAUUAUCGAAGAAUGGCUGAACAAUUAAUAGAAAAGGAGGGGGGAAUAAAUGGAAAUAAUAAUAAUGGCCAUUCAUUAUUAGAAAGUUUAGAAAAUUGUCUCAAUUUAGCAGAUAUUUAUUUUGCUUAUGAGCCUGUUUAUAAAUAUGUUGUAGAACCAUUCACAGAAAAAUCCUUAGAUAUUCUUUUUCACGCAGCACGAUUCAUUUCCUUACAUAAACCAACAGAAUAUGUUUCUCGAGUUACUGUUUAUUAUACUUUAAUGAAAUUAAGUAGACAUUUUGGGUGUUAUAAAACAGCCAGACAAGCAUUAAAUCAUCUACAUAAAUUGCGUUGUCCUCCCCAAUAUCAAUCACAAAUUGAUGUAGCUACUCUCGAAAUUAGAGCUAUGCCUUUUUCUGAUUCUGAAGAAUUUCAACCAAUGUGUUAUAACUGUGGAACAGCAAAUCCAAUUUUGGGUGGACAUGAAUGUGUACAUUGCAACCAUUAUUUUAUUUAUUCUUUUAUUACUUUUGAAGUUUUGCCCUUAAUUCAAUUUCAAAUAGAUGAUGAUAUUUCUGAUAAAGAAGCGAUUGAAUUAAUUAAUGCCGAACCACCAGAUAAUCAAAACAAUAAUUUUAUUACCAAUGAAAUAAUAAAUAAUAAAAAAAAACAACAAUUAAAACUUUCACGUUCAGAAUUACUAAAUUUAAAUAAAAAUAAUGUUUUUAAUCAAAAUAUUUUAAAAUCAAAAAGAAUUAAAUUUUUUCUUAAAGUUAUUGAUGAAGUUAAAAUUAUUAAAUGCCAGUUUUGUCAAAAAUUUUUUAAUUCUGAUGAUUAUCAAAUUGCAAUUCUCCAAAAUGGUUAUUGUCCUGUUUGUCAAACAAAAAUACAAACUUUUAAUGACCAAGAAUUUAAUAAAGAGGAAGAUGAUAUUUAA